UACAGUGUUACUCCAAUAAUUGUCAUUGCCUUUUUCUUUACUUAUUCUUUUAGUUCUCAGAAUUCUGUAUCAAACAAACAAGAAUAAGUCAGUUUAGCUUUAUUUGAUCAUCUUUUCAUAUCAGAAUAGUUCAAUGGAAAUAAUAACUACUGUUGUAUCUACUUGUGUUGUUGAGGUGGGGAGGUUUAUGUGUAGAUGCAUUUAUCCUAAGAUUGAAAAUGUUGUUUGUUUCUCGUCAAGUAUUGAUAAUCUGAGGAAGGAAAUGGCGCAGCUAACAGAGUUUAGAGACGAUAUCGAAGCGAAGGUGGAAGUAGCGGUGCGAGAAGGCUAUAAGCCAAAAUCAGAUGUUAUCAAGUGGAUCAAAGAUGUUCACGAGCUGGAGAAAGAAUGGGAGUCUAUGCAAGAAAGCAUCACAGCGGCAAAGUCGCUUACAUAUAAAUGCUGUCCAAGUUUCAGUCUUCGUUCGGAUGUCGCCACUCAAGCACGGAACAUCCAAGAUCAACUUUGCAAGCUUAAAGAGAUUGGAGAAAAGUUUGGAUCCAAUAUGGUGGUAGAAAACUACCGGAUGGAAAAAGUUGAGUACAUCCCGGUAUCAUCGAUAGAAGGCCAGCCAGCUGCAACAAGGAAUCUCCACAAAAUCCUCCAACUAUUGGAAGAUGAUAAGGUAUGCAUCAUCGGUGUGUGGGGUACCGGAGGAGUUGGGAAAACUACAUUGGUGAAGAAUCUGAACAACGAGCUCUUAAAGAAUGUGCCAAGUUCCAAACUGUCUUUUGGCGUUGUGAUAUGGGUUACAGUGCCCAAACCACCAAUAGACGUAAGAAAGAUUCAAGAACAAAUUGCCAGCAGAUUAAACGUAAAGGUAGAUAAAGAGGGAAGUGAUAAAAGCAUUGCCGGAAAAAUCUAUCGAAGGCUCAACGAAGAAAAGAGUUUCCUUCUCAUACUAGAUGAUGUUUGGGAAGCUAUAGAUUUGGUUGAUGUAGGUGUGCCCCUACCUGAAGGUCCCGCAAGAAGCAAGGUAAUUAUAACUUCUCGUUCUUUGGAGGUUUGUAGGCAAAUGAAAACAGACACAGAAAUGAACAUAUUCACACUGAAAGAGGAUGAAUCUUGGCAACUUUUUGUCAAAAAUGCGGGAGAUGUUGUCAAUCUGGAGUAUAUUCAACCAUUGGCAAAGAAAAUUGCAAGAGAGUGUGAUGGUUUGCCAUUAGCAAUCACUGUUAUUGGGACGUCUAUGAGAGGGAAGACAAGGGUUGAGCUCUGGCAAGAUGAUUUGAAAUCACUUAGAAUGUCCGAACCUCAUGACAAAGAUGUAGAGAAAAAAGUUUACAAGGUCAUCAAGUGGAGUUUUGAUUCUUUAGAAUCUCAGGUUAUUGAAUUAUCCUCAGAGCAAAGAAGCAAACAUUUGAACAAAAAGAGAGGUGAUAUUCAAAGUUGUUUCUUAUAUUGCUCCUUAUAUCCAGCAGCUAUUCGGAUAGAUGGUCUCAUACAUUGCUGGUGGGCAGAGGGUUUCCUCGGUGAACAUGACACAUAUGAACAAGCCUACAACAGGGGAAUCACAUAUAUUGAGAGGCUAAAGGAUGCCUGCUUGCUAGAAGCACAUAGGUUAAAUUCUGUGAAGAUGCAUGAUGUGGUUCGUGAUGUUGCUAGAUGGAUAGCUAGUACCUUUGGGGAUGAACACACUUCUGUUUUUCAAGCUGGAAUUGGGUUGACUGAGAUAUCACUUAUUAAAAUACCAGCUUCUGUAAAGAGAAUAUCUUUGGUAAGCAACAAAAUUGAAUGUCUACCUGAUUGCUUCACGAAAUGUCCAAUGACAACAUCUUUACUUUUGCAAGGCAAUGAACCCCUGGAGAAAAUACCCCACGAAUUCUUUUUGGAAUUUCCAGCUCUAAGAGUUGUGAAUCUGAGUCAAACUGGUAUUAGAGAACUGCCUUCUUCCAUCAAUAGUCUAUGUCAACUACGUGCUCUAAUACUACAAAGUUGCUCUAAGUUGAACGAGUUACCACCUGUUGCUAAUCUUCACAAUUUGGAAGUGCUCGAUUGUGAAUAUACAGAGUUACGUUGUCUGCCGCAAGGAAUGGACAAUUUGACAAAUCUGAGGCUAUUAAAUAUGCCUGUUGCUAAUAUGAAGAGCAUCAACAAAGGAUUUUUCCUCAAAUUUCCUAGGAUUGAAAUGUUAAAUAUGCCACAUAGCUGUCUUGGAGUGACCUCUUUUGAUGAGAUAUCAUCUCUACACAAUCUGACUUAUCUUUGUAUUAGAGUGGAUAGCUCAUCAUUUUUCAAUAGAGAUUACACCUGGAUGACUAGAUUGAAAGGAUUUCUCAUUGAAGUUGGGGAAACUCCAAUUUAUGUGCCAUACAACAAGUCAAUAAGGGCGAUAAAUGUCGACGAAUGUGAAAUUUUCAGUAACGGAGAGCUCUCAGGCAUGUUGCAGUUUGCUUCAGAUUUGUACUUGCACGACUGCAUGGGUCUCAGGAAGUUGAUUGCAUACAACACUUUUAAUGGAUUAAAAUUACUAAAAAUAUACUACUGUUCUUGUUCUUUCGGACCAGUGGAAGGAGGAAGUGGAAAAUUUGACGCUUUGCCAAAUCUGGAAUAUCUCGAGCUCCAUUUCGUAAAUAAUUUAAAGAGUGUUUCUGAUUUCGGUCAAUAUUUGGGUCUAACAUUUUCUAAAUUACACCAACUGAAUAUCACUUAUUGUCCCAGUUUAACAUGUCUUUUCAACUAUGGUGGAACUUGUUCUGUACCCGAGCACUUGGAAGAAAUUAUAGUUGACGAUUGCCGUCAGCUGGUAGAGUUGUUUGUGCAAUGCAGCUCAAGUGAUCAGACAACACUUGUCAACUCAGAAAUUCCAAGAGUUCUGAAGUUAAGUUUGUACAAAGUUCCCCAACUAGGAACAUUGGGGGAGCCACAGAGUAUAUGGGAACACUUGGAGGAACUCAGAGUGAGCAAUUGUGACAGAUUAAGGAAGUUGCCUCUCUCUGUUCAAACCUCGGAAAACAUCAAAAUAAUGAAAGGAAAAUCAGCAUGGUGGAGCCAGCUGGAAUGGGAUGAUGAAAACUUCAAGUCAAAUUUAGAGCAUUGUUACAAAGAAAGGUAAAACUGAUGACAGAAGGAUCAAAGUUGACGUUGUUUCCUCUGCAUCUCAGGGGAUUAAAAAAGCAGAAGAAUGACCUUCCUGCACGUGGACAUAAAGUUUCGAGCUAAAGCUAACCAGUGCGGUUUGCUGUCUAAAGUUUUUUCUGCCGAUAACUGUUCCGACAUUUGGAUUUCUUGACUGUGCACCGAGUAAUUUCUUGUUUCAUUUGUAUUAUGUGAUUAUCUUGUUUAUUUGUAAUAAACUGGUAUUGCUUCGGUGUUAAAGCAUUUUAAAGCAUUCUUAAGCUGUACA